AAGCAGCGGUUUAGAGAAGUCUCAAGUUCACGUGAUACAGAACUACACAACUAAACAAUGUCUUCUAUUUUAUUGACGGCUCUGUUGUUUGUAAAUAUCAUGUUCACCUGUGGACUUGACAUUUCACUAGAAAGAGAAUAUUAUAUGGAGGGUAAAGAUUUAUUCUGUGGCAAGUUACAUUGUGUGGAGAACACAAGAGAAGAUAAUGAAAUCUCAGCUCUUGUCAACAUGUCAGUCUAUAGCAUCAGUGAAAUAGAGGGGAAAAUUGUGUUGGCGUCUGUAUCAGAAUCAGAUUCAAGAGUUCGAGAUUAUAAAGUAGCUGGAUCAAAAGUUGAUGGAAAGUUUUCAAAAGUGUUUGGAGAAUUGACAGUAUCAUUUACAAAACCUUCCGAUUGUUUUAGUACAGUGUUUGGAUGUGAUGUGUAUUACACAAAUAGAAGGGGUCUCACUGAGAUGAAAGAAAAUAAAACCAAGCCUGUUGACCAUGACAAUUUUAAGCCACUAAUGUUGAUGACCUUAGAGGCUAAAACUCCAGAGUUUGAUAAAACAAUUGAUAGAAUGUCAGAGUUUCUAAAAACAUUUAAAUAUUCUGAUAAGUUAAACAGAGCUGACUUGAAGAUGAAUUUACAGUUUUUAACAGAUGACAAACGUUCUAACCUUAGUUAUCACAAAACAGAAUUAACAAAGGAGAAGAGUGAUGAAACUUUAGUUAACCUUACCAAUGUCAUGGAAAGUAGAUUCAAUAGCUUGUUAUCUGCCCAAGGAUCUACAAUUCAGAGACUUGAAAAUCAAAUGAACAACGUUUAUAACAGAUUGAACACCUUAGAUAACACAAAUCAAGAGCUCACGCAUUUUAAAUACAACUUCACUGAAAGCUAUCUAAAGACAAUUCAACAGAUACAAACGAACAAUAACACACUUGAAAAACAAAAUAGGUCGGUACAAAAUGUAACAAAUCUAUACAUUGUUUUACAAAAACAACUGGAUAAACUGAAUAAUAGUGUGGUUAAUGUAUCACUCGAUGUUCAAACUUUGUCUCAAAGGUUAAAUAAAAGUGAAAUUUUAACGAAAACCAUGCAAGAUUUCAAAAAAGAUUUACUAAAUUUAACUAACGAAAUGUUAAAAAAUAGCACAACGAUAUUGGAACGUCAAAAUAUAAGCAUUAAACAAUUGUGGGAAAGCUACAAAAACCUAUCAGAGACACAGUCAAAGACACUGAAGGAUUUAAAAACAGCUGUUUCACUACUAAACAAUACAGACAUUGAUAUACACGCCCACACGGAGAAGAUGAAUAACACCAUUCAAAACCUGAUUACUAAAUCAGAU